AUGGCUAAGAAACAGAAGGAGCAGCAGGAGGAUGAGGACCUGGUAAUGACUAUCGCGUCCGACGAGGAGCUUUCUAAUGCCGAGGAGAGCUCAGAUGAGGAGAAUUCGGAGGAUGAAGCCGCCACGCAACAACAGCAGGAGCAAAUUAACGAGGACUUUGAGUUCGAUGAAGGUGGCGCCUUCCACUCGUCAGGCGGCAGCUCGUGGGACUUUACAGCCGCUAUCUCCCGUAUUGAGAAGAUGGAGAGUGGCAUCCCUACAGCCACUAAGCGUACCAAGAAGGACCAACAGAGUCGCGAGGAGCUGGUGGACGAGCUGGAGAAGAAGAAAGCGGCCGAGUUCUUCGAAGCCGAUCCUUUCGCUGCCCAGGAGUUUGCUAAGACGAAAUUUGAGACGUUCGCCGACUUGAAGCUCUCGCGUCCGAUCAUGCGCGCCAUUUCCCACAUCGGUUUCGAGAAGCCGACACCGAUUCAACAGCGUGCGAUCCCUAUCGCUCUCACUGGCAAGGAUAUCUGUGCUAGUGCGCAGACGGGUAGCGGUAAGACCGCCGCCUUCCUGUUGCCCAUUCUGGAGCGUCUGCAAUUCCGCUCGCGACGUGUCCAGUCCACUCGAGUGAUGAUCAUCUGUCCUGUGCGUGAACUGGCGACUCAAUGUCAGUCGAUGCUCGAGCAACUAGCUCGUUUCACGGAUAUCACGUGCUCGCUGGCUGUCGGCGGAUUGCCUCUUAAAGCUCAAGAAGCAGAGCUGCGUAACCGUCCAGACGUUGUGGUGUGUACUCCUGGUCGUAUGAUUGACCACCUUCGUAACUCCAAGAGUGUUCACAUGGAUGAUCUCGAAAUCUUGGUGCUGGAUGAAGCUGAUCGUCUGCUUGAAUUGGGUUUCACUGAAGAAGUACUGGAGCUGGUCCGUAUGUGUCCUGUACAGCGUCAGACAAUGUUGUUCUCCGCUACGAUGACGUCCAAGGUCGACCAAUUGAUUGACUUGUCGAUGAAGCGUCCUGUGCGUAUCAGUACCGACCCGCUCUUCGAUAUGGCCAAGCACUUGGUACAGGAGUUCGUGCGUAUCCGUCCGAAUCGAGAAGAUGAUCGUGAAGCAAUUCUCCUGGCUUUGUGCACGCGUACGUUCCGCUCGAACACGAUUGUGUUCAUGGAGACCAAGUCCCAUGCGCAUCGUAUGAUGAUCAUUUUCGGUCUUGCUGGUAUCAAGGCGGCUGAGCUUCACGGUAACUUGCAGCAGAGAGAGCGUCUGGAGGCGCUCCAGAAGUUCCGUGAUGGCACGGUGGACGUUCUUUUGUGUACGGACAUUGCUGCACGUGGUAUCGAUGUACGUGGUGUUCACGCUGUCAUUAACUACGAAAUGCCCAAGGAUAUCACCACGUACGUGCAUCGUGUGGGUCGUACAGCUCGUGCUGGACGCAACGGUCGUGCCGUCACGCUCACGAGCGAGUCUCGUCGUCUGGUGAUGAAGCAGGUGUCGCGUCACUGCCAGGGCUUCGUCAAGUCUCGUGCUGUGCCUGAUCCCGUUAUCGCGCAAUGGAAAGCUCGCAUUGAGAGCAUGCUGGAGGACGUGAAACUGGUGAUGCACGAAGAAACACUGGAGAAACGUAUGCGUGAAGCUGAGAAGGAAGCGACUCGCGCGACGAACCUGCUGAAGCAUCGCGACGAGAUCAACGCGCGACCUGCGCGUACGUGGUUCAUGUCGGAGAAGGAGAAGAAGAAUGUGAACGAACGUGCUGAAGAGGACCGUCGUGCUAAGGAGGAGGCUGCAAAGGAAGAAGCGGAGAGUGCAGACACCAUGUCGCGCGCUAAGAAGCUUAAACUUAUGAGUCACAAGAAGCGACGACUGUUUGAGAUCCGUGAGCGUGAAGAGCGGAUGCUUGCGGAUGCUGAGCGGGAUGAUGAAGAAGACACUGGCAAGAAGGGCAAGAAGGGCGCUGUAUUUACGUCCAUGCACGUUGCUGGAGCUGCCAAACGCGCUAAGAAAGCUCAACAGGACACUACACGAUCACGUGAAGAGGAAUCCAUCGCAGAGAUGCACGAGCGCAAGCGUCUCAAGCGCGAAAAGGCUCGCGCUGCACGCAGCAGUCACAAAUCUGGUGCGUUCGACGUCGACAUGACUAACGAUGGCACGGCGGUCCCAAAGUCCAGGAAGCAGCGCGAUGCGAACGCAGGACACAGCCCGUUCGAGUUUAAGGAGAAGAUCACGGACUACAAGAAACACGCCAAGAAGAGCUCCAGCUCCUUCAAGUCCAAGGCCAAAUACAAGCGGCGCAAAUAG